GAUUUAGGGGGGAGAUAUUAUGCGGCCGGUGUCAUUAGGCGAUAGCCAUUGAAUCAUUCGAUCUGCUUUUUUUUUUUUUCCCUUCUUCCUCUCCCCCUUUUCCCCCUUCCUUCUUCUGGGGGGUCAGACGCGCAACUCGGCCGCGCUGGCUGCUGGCGUCGGGCUGGUCGGCCCCCGUAUUUCUUUUUUUUUCUUCUCUUCCUUCUUCUCCGUAGUCGGGCUGCGUCUCUCCGGCGAUUUCCAUGGUUUUCCGAUCGCCUUUAGAGCUUUAUCCCUCCCACUUCUUCCUGCCCAACUUCGCCGAUCGCCCGCUGCUCCUGGCGAACGGCGCGCCGGCCGCCCGCUCCCCGGAAGACUUGUCCAUGUUCCAGCUACCCACGCUCAACUUCUCCCCGGAGCAGGUGGCGAGCGUCUGCGAGACGCUGGAGGAGACGGGCGACAUCGAGCGGCUGGGCCGCUUCCUGUGGUCGCUGCCCGUGGCGCCGGGCGCCUGCGAGGCCAUCAACAAGCACGAGUCCAUCCUGCGCGCCCGCGCCGUGGUGGCCUUCCACACGGGCAACUUCCGCGACCUCUACCACAUCCUGGAGAACCACAAGUUCACCAAGGACUCGCACGGCAAGCUGCAGGCCAUGUGGCUGGAGGCGCACUACCAGGAGGCCGAGAAGCUGCGCGGGCGCCCGCUGGGUCCCGUGGACAAGUACCGCGUGCGCAAGAAGUUCCCGCUGCCUCGGACCAUCUGGGACGGCGAGCAGAAGACGCACUGUUUCAAGGAGCGGACGCGGAGCCUGCUGCGGGAGUGGUACCUGCAGGACCCCUACCCCAACCCCAGCAAGAAAAGGGAACUGGCGCAAGCCACCGGACUCACCCCCACACAGGUCGGCAACUGGUUCAAGAACCGGAGGCAACGAGACAGAGCCGCGGCGGCCAAAAACAGGCUGCAGCACCAAGCCAUGGGAGCGGGCGCCAUGAGGUCGCUGUCCGAGGCCGGCCUGACCCCUCACAGCUCGGCCGAGUCGCCGUCGACGGCGGCCAGUCCCACCACCAGCGUGUCGAGCGCCACGGAGCGCGCCGACGCCGGCACGUCCAUCCUCUCCGUCACCUCCAGCGACUCCGAGUGCGACGUAUGA